GAGUUGAAAGCGCCGUCCAACACGUGAGGCUCAUGUGACGGAGGAGAGUCAGUUUUCUCGAUGAGAGAGAGAGAGACGUGCCUGCAGUCACAGGGUUUAUUUAACACGUAGUCACAAACCCACCCAGCUCUCACACAUCGCGAAGGGCGUGCUGCUUCCCUCGGCAUACUAACGAGCCCCGACCUUCGGGUGACAACACUCUAAAUUGUGAUCAGCUUCAACCUACAGCGGGAACACGCCAGAGGAGGCGUGCUACUUCUGUUUCUGUUAUUCUGGAUUUUUUUUCUCUCUCUCUCUCUCUCAUUUAUUUUUUAGUGAGCGCUUUUCAGGGUUUUUUCCCCCGUCUAUAAAGCGAUAUGGAGCGGAUUACAAGUGCGCAACCACCUCCUUAUGUUCCGAAGCAAACAUCAAUGGAUAAUGGAUCUGACAUGCAUCGACUGGAAUUUCCUAUUUAUAUGUGCAAAAGCAGGCGAGGUGUGAAGGGCAGGGAUGAAUGCAAGGAGACUUACAAGCUGCCCCACAGACUGAUCGAAAAGAAAAGACGGGACAGAAUAAAUGAAUGCAUUGCCCAGCUUAAAGACUUGUUGCCAGAACAUCUUAAGCUCACAACGCUGGGUCAUCUGGAGAAAGCCGUGGUACUUGAACUCACGUUGAAGCAUGUGAAAACCCUGAGUGCCGUCCUGGAGCAGCAGCAGCAGAAAAUAAUGGCGCUUCAGAAGGACUUACAGAUCAGCGAUCAUUUGGGAGAUGGUGCUGAGAGCAGUGAGGAGAUGUUCCGCUCUGGCUUUCAUCUGUGUGCCAGAGAAGUCCUCCACUACCUGGCCAACCAGGAGACCAGCAGUGACCCGACCCCCUCGCACAUCAUGAGUCACAUCCAGAAAGUUGCGGCUGAAGUCUUCCAUGAUGGAAGCAGCCCACAGCCUGAUGAGUCCGAUAGGGCAAAGAUCCCUGUGGGACAGGCCUUAGCAUCGCCUGAGGCCCCUGCAAAGAACUGUGUCCCAGUCAUUCAGAGGACUUACCACCACGGGACAGGGGAGUUGAGCGGCAGUGAUACAGACACUGACAGUGGCUACGGAGGAGAGCACGACAAGCCUAAAGCCCAGUGGUUGGAAAGCCACGGAAGGGAGGGUGAGCUGAAGACUCCUGCGCCUGACCGAACGGUGGGUGUCAUCAAACAUGAAGGCGAUGAGCCAAGGGCGAAGAGGUUAAGAGCAGACUCAGAGGAUGAGAUUAUCUCUUUUCACCCUGCAGGAGUUCCCGGCAGUUACAUGAACAUCUCCCCCAACCAGCACCCAUUUUGCCUCCCCUUCUAUCUCAUCCCCCCAUCGACGGCAGCAGCGGCAGCAUACCUCCCAAUGCUGGAGAAAUGCUGGUACCCCGGGGGCAUGCCCAUCAUGUACCCGGGCCUGGCUGGCUCUCCUGCAUGCCUGACCCCAGAGACGUUGCCCUCGUCUCUGUUGAUGUCCCCAAGGGUGGGGUCUCCAGUUGCCCACCCCAUCUCUAUGGAUUCCCCUGCACUACACAGAGCUUUAAAACGGGUCUCACCUUUGAACUUGGACACCAAAGACUGAGCAAACACUUUUCCUGUCAGCAUCUCGCCCCAAUGAAUGUUGAACAGAGGGUACAGUAGUGACCCUCCAAACUGCAGCUGUAAUUUGACCCAUCAGAGCAGAACUCUUAACGGCCCUCACUGUUGGUCAUCGCCCCUUGGACUGCUUUUGAGGCUCAUUUUAGAGAUUAUAUACAACCCCUUAAACACUGUGAAGAUGGUCAGGGUAAAGAGCGCACAAAAGAUUUUGAAGGUCUAAUUUUGUUAUUUGUCUCCAGAAUUGUUGUUGAAAACCCAGAAUGUAACCCCCAUUUUUUCCAAAUCUAUUUGGACCUAUUUUGUAUCACACCACUCUAUAAUGAAUGUAAAAAUGUAAAAGCAAGAAAAAAAUAGAAAUCUCCUGUGAAUGCUGCUAUAGAUCAGCGAAUGUCAGGAUCUACGCUCAGUGUUUGCGACUCCCAGGGACAGCGACAAGCCAUUUUAACCAAAAACCAGCGUGUCCAGGUUGGCUUUGACCUCCCAGACCCAACUCCUCUCCCAUCUCUGUUUGUGGCACUGCUGAAAACAAAUGCAGGAAUUCAUGAAGUUCAAAGAAUUCAGGGUGUUGGCCACCAUACAAGGUGUGUCACUUAUCUGUGGAAGCGUGCUUUUAAAACAUAAUCUGUGACUCACAGCUAUUUUUUUGCAUCCAGAUGGAGCUCCUAUGAAGUAACAUUUUGGUUUUGCUUUUCUCUUGUACAUCUCUAUUUUUGAUACGAGACCCACGGCGUGUUUUUAUGUAGCUGCCGCAGGAAAGAUGAGGCAGCAGUUUUAGCUGUUAUGUAGACGUGCAUCUGAAGCUUGGCCCAUUGCUCCUUCUCUCGCUUUCUUCGCUUGUUGAACCCAAACCCCACAAUGACUGGAGUUGCAAACAAAUUCUCUUUGUCUUUAGCAAAAGAGCUUGAAUGUGAAGUUCAAAUAAAAAAAAAGAUAGUUUUGUAUAAAAAGAAGUAAUCUUGAUUUUUAUUUUGACAUUGUAACACAAGGCUGUACAUAUUUUGUAUAUAAAAUAUAAUUGAUAUAUAUAUUAAAGUAAUAAUAAAG